CUCACCAUUCUUACAGUGGUGUAGCUUGUGCAGAGGCUGCAGCCUCUGCUGGGGCGGAAUGCGCGGGGUUUUCGGCGCGAUGCCCUCGGCGAGCGCUCGAGCCGGCGCACAGCGGGCGGGUGCGCCGCGCAGGGGGGGUCGGAGGGGUGCGAGAGGGGGCGUGGGUCGGGCGCGCACCGGCUGGCUCCGGGAGCGGCCGUCACGACAGCCCCUCUUCCGAGCCGGCGCGUGGAGGCGAGCCGCGGCCGGUGUCGCUGGUGCGGGGGCGGCGAGGGUUCAUCGGCCGGCAGCGAGAGCGACCGUCAUGAAUCGCGCCACCAAGACCGCGCGGCACGUACGCGCACUUGCCGGCCUCGAGGCGCGCUCUCCUUGCGCGGCAUGCCCUGUGUGUGUCAGCGCUUCGCCUCGGAGCCGCUCGACUGUAC